AUGGAGAAGAAACAGCCUAAGUCACAGAACACUCAAGGUUCUGAGAUCGAGCAAUAUAUGGAGCUUUUGGCAAUAUCCACAAGGGGUAAUGGAAAGAUUUGUGUAUCUAACACGAUCAAUACUAUUUUGUAUGUUUUGGUUGUUGGUUGUCUCAAGACAUUGGUUGCUCGAAGGAACGAUGAUGCCAUUGCUGAUGCAUUGAGGAUGUUGGUUGGAUCUCUUGGUCAGAUUCCUCAAGUGAAUGUCGGUAAUCGGAAUGGUGAUGAUGGAGAGUUUCAAUCUUUGGGGAAGUUCCAGAGGAACAAUCCGCCUAUCUUUGAGGGAGAGCAAGAACCUGAUAAGGCACAAAAAGAAGCUGAGGAUUGGUGGGGUAACACUGCUCAGAGGUGUGAAGAAGAGGGUAUUCAAAUUACUUGGGAUCUUUUUUACGAUGCAUUCUUGGAGACCUAUUUUCUGGAAGAUUUCUGUGGGAAGAAAGAGGUGGAAUUUCUUGAGUUGAAGCAAGGGAAUGGAACUGUGGCGGAGUAUGCUGCAAAAUUCCAAGAGUUGAUUAAGUACUGUCCUCAUUACAAUACUAUGAAUGGUGAGAGGUCAAAGUGUUUGAAAUUUGUGAACGAUUUGAGGCAUGACAUUAAGAAGGCUAUUGGUUACCAACAAAUUACUCAUUUUGCGGAGUUGGUUUACAAUAGUCGGAUUUAUGACAAGGAUAGCAGGGAGAGUGGUUCUCACUAUAAGGCUUUGAAUGAUGGGAAAGGGAAAGGUCAAUACCGUGGAAAACCGUACGUUGAUAAGAAGAAGAAAGCUGGUUAUGGCGGAAAGCCAAGUGGGGGAGGAUCUAGUUCUUCGGUUAAGUGCUUCAAGUGUGGUGUCGAAGGACAUCGUGCUAAUGAAUGCAACAAGAAUUUUGUUAAGUGUUUCAAGUGUGACAAGCUGGGUCACAAGGCUGUGGAUUGUAAAGUUAGUUUGGGUGUGACUUGCUACAAUUAUGGUGAGCAAGGGCACAUUAGUACCAAGUGUGAUAAACCGAAGAAGGAGCAAGCGAAAGGAAAAGUGUUUGCAUUGUAUGGUGAUAAGGCCACUGCUGAUGAUAGGCUAAUCCUAGGUACAAGUAUGAUUAUUGAUAUACCUGCUAUGGGUUCUAUGUCUACUUCUUUUGUGUUUUUGAAUUGUCCGUUGAGUAUCUUUGGAAGAGAAUUCGGAAUUGAUUUAGUUUUUCUUCCGUUAGAGCAACUUAAUGUGAUUUUAGGUAUAAACUGGUUGGAGUUUAAUCGUGUGUAUAUCAACCGUUUUGAGAAGACGAUUAUCUUUCCUUAA